AUCGAAUUGAGAUGCUUUCUGAUAAAACUGUCGGUAGUUCCUUCAUUUGCUCUGCAUUAUUCAGGAAACCACAACUUUUGUCCACUCACGAUCACAUUGCGACCGCCGUCAUCGCGUUCAUUCAACAACCCUCAGUAUGGCGGACAUCAAGUCAAACAUCGUUGACACAGGCAAUAGAAUGCCAAAUUCGCCUAAGCCUCAAAAGGCGCUAGAGCUGUCCCCACUUGAAGAGCUCUUCGAAGCCAUUCGGAACAACGACACAGAUACAAUGCAGAAGAUCUUCCAUGCUAACUCUGAAAUUUGGAACAAGCAGAAUAACCCAAAGAACCCCGAGGAUACUUCGAGGCUCCGGCAACUACUUGAGAAGGAAGUACUUGGAAGUCUCAUGACCCAAGAUGUUCUUAGGUAUUUGCAAGACCAAGAUCAAUCCAUCACGGUUGAUGAAUACGGGAAGCAAUAUCCUCUCCAUGUCGCUUGUCUGUUUGGGAGUCUCGAUGCAGCGAAGGUUUUAAUCAAGCAACGAGACAUCGAUGUUAAUGCCCAGAACGGUGCCAAAGAAUCUCCGCUGGGAAUCGCGUGUAGGGCCGCAAACCUCGAGGUCGCUAAACUGCUCAUUGACGGGUUCUCUGAGAGCAUUAACGUACACCAGGAGGACGACGUCGGAAACACACCAUUUUCAUAUCUCGCAGGUCGCGGCAUAUAUCCUCUGUGGUCUGAAGAACCCUCGGACGACAAGCUGGAUGCACUCGUUCGAGGGAUGUUGCAGGCCUCUCGAAAUAAGUGUACCGGCAUCGAUCACGAAGAAUACAGCCGUUUGUGUCUGGAAGAAGCAUGUCGCCAGGGCAACAUCUCAUUGCUGAAAGUCUUGGUCAACAGUGCGAAUCACUCCAUCAACGCGCGUGAUCCAGAUGGCUGGACUCCUUUGCACUUCGCUAUUCUAUCUCGAGAGGAAGAAGCUGUCAGGAUCCUUCUUGAGAAUGGAGCAGAUCCUGGAACAGGUACCAAGGAGUCAGAUCACAUGCAGCCACUGCAACUCGCCAUUACAUACGGAGCAGAGACUAUAGCGGACAUGAUACGGGAACAGCUACUGACCAACUUGUUGAAAAGCUUGAGUAAUGCAAUUCAGCAGUUGUCACAAGGUGACGAUCCUCUAGACUGCUUCAAGGCUCAGACCUGGCGGGGCAAGGUCAAGCAGAACAAAUCGACAAACGAGGAAUCGAAUGAUCAAUCGAAAAGCGGAACGAAGGGCGACCCGAACGGCGCAUCAAGCGACGAGCCUCAUAGACAACAAGAUGAUUCCACGAAAAGAGCAGAGUCAGAGAUUGAGAGCGUUCCUAUGAGAGACAUUCUGGAAAAUCCUCAGAUGACAUACUUGGCAAGAGACCAUACUGCGACGAAACCAAUGAUGUGGUACCAUCUCCCGGCAAACAACUGGCAUUGGGCAAAGGCCCUAUGUGUAAAAUAUCUUGGCGACGAGACUGAUGCUACAUUCAAAGAAGUCAUGAAGUGCUUCCAAACGACGUUCGAAUCGACGGGACACGUCCCUCCUCUUUGCCAGCAUGGCUAUAUGGGAAUCAAGGAUGUGGCAGGUGUUUCAACACAGCAUUCAAACACCAGCGAGAAAGGGAGUCCAGAUGAAGAGAGACAGCCUCGCGACAUGCUGAUCGUGCUUCCUGUGAUUGAUGUCGACUACCUCGCGGGUUUCCUGAAAGCCGACGAUAGUCAGCGAUCCCUUGAUCUCUCCCAAUUGGAAGGCACAUCUGCCAACAAAAGACACAUUAACGGUAUGAGGGCCUUGUACGGACAAGAGUACAAGGGUCAAAAGGGAGCUUUGCAUUACCCGCGGACGUUGGAUCACUACUACCACACGGACCUGAGCGAACAUCAGCAGAGUCACUUGAACAAGGAGCAAGUCUUGACUCGUUACCUGAAGGCACGAUCUUCCAAACAGACUGUAACAAGUCAGCGUCAAAGCUCGAAUACAAUAGCUCAACGUCUCUCUCUGUCUUGGGCCAGAGAUUUUCUUCAUACACUGACGAACAGAUCCGAUGCAAGGAAACCUAUGGGUGGUCUUUCGGAUCUGGAAAGUCAAGGAGACGUACGUGAGGAUCGUUCUGAGCAACCGAAGAGCCUCAGUGCGGCGCGAUCAACUGCUGAGGACGAAGAGCCCCCUCACAGCAUACUUGUGGUAUCGCAACUUUGGAUCAUCAAAUUGAAUAAUCUGCAUGUCACCUUAUUUCCCCAACGUUGGAAUCCCUCCAGGAAAUCCCAGGAUCAUCUAUCAGUCGACCUUGAGAAUCUCGUCAAAGCUAGUCUCAGAUCCGAUGAUCCCAAUAAUGUCAAUCCUGGCCCGAGUCAGCUCUGUCACGACAUGGUGAAGACGGCUAUACAAUACCGACCCUUGAUUGAAAUUAAGGGUAAGCGUAUACCGUACAUGGACGUAUUCUCGAAAGAGGUAUUGCGCAUCUCGCGAGAAGUAGAUGGUCACUAUGAUACCUUCAAGGAUUCUCUCGGAACAUCUGACAAAGUCUUCGGCGAACUCUCGACCAAGGUCACAAAUUGUCUGAUGAACAUCAACGAUGUAUUGCACGAGCUCGAAAUAAUCAAAGAUGUUUUCGAGCAAAGAUGGAGUGUUUGGAAGAGAUUACAUGAAAUGACCGGGAAGAAAGAUCGUUGCAAAUGGGGAAUCAAGGGCUGCCGCCCCAAGCAUGCCAGGAGUGACUUUGAUGUUGUGGUACAAAAAGUCGACGGGGACGCCAAGAAUGUGCAAACAAAGACAAAAGAACUCAUAGGCCUUCUUCACGGGCAGGCCAGUACGGAGACCUCUCUGCACUCGUCGAGGCAGGCUAGUUUGCUUGCCGUCUUCACCGUUUUGACGGUGUUGUUUUCGCCGGUCUCUGUUGUUUUAGCGCUCUUGGCACUGCAGAUUGACUCUUUCACCCCGAAUGCAUGGUCAGGAUGGCAGGUUAUCACGGGUUCUGUUGCCAGUGUGGUGGUGACGGGUGUUAUCUGUCUCUGUUGGUGGGGACGAGAAAGAAGUUAUCCCAAUCUAGGGGCAGCUUGGGCGGGAGUCUGGCAAACGCGUUGAAAAGAUGAAAGUUGUCUAAUGGCCAGAGACUACAUUAUCUCCGUACCGAACGGUUCACCCUGCCUCAGAACUACGGUCUGAGACAGAAGUUUGCUCGCAACGU